CACCUGUGAACAGGAGCCCACCAUCCACCCCUGACACCAUGACCCACUGCUGCUCCCCUUGCUGCCAGCCUACGUGCUGCAGGACCACCUGCUGGAAGCCCACCUGUGUGACCAGCUGCAGCAGCACACCCUGCUGCCAGCCCUCCUGCUGUGUGUCCAGCUGCUGCCAACCUUGCUGCCGCCCAACUUGCUGUCAAAACACCUGCUGCAGGACCACCUGCUGCCAGCCCACCUGUGUGACCACCUGCUGCCAGCCUACCUGUGUGACCAGCUGCUGCCAGCCUUCCUGCUGCAGCACACCCUGCUGCCAGCCCACAUGCUGUGGGUCCAGCUGCUGUGGCCAAACCAGCUGUGGGUCCAGCUGUGGCCAGACCAGCUCCUGUGCACCUGUGUACUGCACGAGAACCUGCUACCACCCCACGUGUGUCUGCCUGCCUGGUUGCCUAAACCAGAGCUGUGGAUCCAGCUGCUGCCAGCCCUGCUGCCGCCCAGCCUGCUGUGAGACCACCUGCUGCAGGACCACCUGCUGCCAGCCCACCUGUGUGACCAGCUGCUGCCAGCCUUCCUGCUGCUGAUCAGUUCCCAAAAGGACCAUCAUCCUCACAAGACAAUGUUCUGGCAACCUUCUGUCCUUCACUUGGAGGACAAAUUUCCUUUCAAACUUUGCUGACAACCAGCAUGGUCGCUCUAAUUUUUAUGACUUCUCUGCAUAUUUAACAUCUUAAGAAUCAGCUUGAGUGAGGGCAGAAUAUUUCAGCCUGAUUCUCUCUUUCUUUACACUUUGUGGAUCAUGUGCUAGCUUCAUGUAUUUUCAAUUUGGAGUCAUGAUCUCAGCUUGACUCUAAAAUCAAGAGCUUCAUUCUCUUUCUCUAAGAAACUCAGUUUUUGCAAGUGAUCAAUAAUCUUCACAGUCUUUUUCAUUUUCAGUGUCCUCCUCAUGGUUCUUGUAUCCUUCUUUUCAUGAUCACUUUUGGUUAUCUCCCUAGAAACAGGGAUUUUUGCCUAUAUAUCUCUUAAUAAACUCAAAACCAUUCUUCAUCUGACAUAGAUGGGGUUUUUAAAUUUAUUUUACAGCAUUCCUGAUAAGGGGUUAACACACAUAUUGUGUAUCAUAUAUGUUAACCUAAUUUGAUUAUCAAAACAGUCAGGUUUUAUUACCUUUACUUUCCAGCUGAGAAAAUCUUAAUGUGUGAUGUUAUUUAGCUAAUAAUGGACAGACUCAGACGCAAGGUGUGGUCCUCUCUUUCUGUCUAAGGGCACUUACAUUUAACUCAAUAAAGUAAGAAUUACACUGGGACUCAGCAUUAGCAAGACAUGCACUUAAUUUUACUCAUCAAUAGAGGAAUAACCUCCUGUAUUUGCCGAUAACACUUCCCUCCUCCUCCUCCUUCUCCUCCUUCUUCUUCUUCCUCC